AUGGCCGCCCACGUGCCCCUGCCCCCUGGCCUGCCCCAGCUGCUCAAAGCCGGCACCAAGUACUUCUCCGGCCUGCAGGAGUCGCUCUUCAGCCACAUCACGGCCUGCCGGGCUCUGGCCAUGUGCCUGCGCACCUCCUACGGGCCGCUGGGCCACAACAAGCUGGUGAUCACCCACCUGGGCAAGGCCCUGUGCACGGCCCACGCCGGCACCAUCCUGCGGGAGCUGGAGCUGGAGAACCCGGUGGCCCGGAUGCUGGGCACGGCCAGCCAGGCCCAGGAGGAGGAGACGGGCGAUGGGGCCAAUGCUGUGGUGCUGCUGGCCGGGGCGCUGCUGGACAACGCCGAGAAGCUGCUGCGUGCCGGCCUGCCCGUGGCCGCCGUGCGGGACGGCUACGAUGUAGCCUGCAAGGAAGCCGUGCGGCUGCUGCCUGGCCUGGCCUGCCACGUGCUAGCGGAUCUCCGGGACCCGGCCGGGGUGGCCGGGGCCCUGCGUGCCGCCGUGGGCAGCAAGCUCUUCGGCUACCAGGAUUUCCUGGCCGGGCUGGUGGCCCGGUGCUGCGUGGCGGCACUGAGCCCGGAAGGCGCCUUUGAGCCCAAUAACGUGCGCCUCUGCAAGGUGCCGGGGGGCGGCGUCACCGACUCCUGCCUGCUGGAGGGCAUGGUCUUCUGCACCGAGGUCGAGAGCCAGGUGCACCAGGCACAUGAGGCCCGGAUCGCCGUCUACUGCUGCCCCUUCGGCCUGGCCCGCAGCGAGACCAAAGGCAUGGUGCUGUUCCAGGGGGCGGCGGAGAUGCGGGCGUACGGCGACGCCGAGGAGGCGCUGCUGGGGCAGCGCGUCCGGGCCAUCGCUGAGGAGGGGGCCAGCGUGGUGGUGGUGGGCGGGCGGGUGGACCCGCUGGCCCUGCAGUACGCCGACCAGCUGGGGCUGAUGGUGGUGCGGCUCAGUUCCCGGCUGGAGCUGCAGUGUCUGUGCCGGGCCGUGGGCGCUGUCCCGCUGGCCAGCCUGGUGCCCCCACCGCCCGGCGCCAUAGGGCACUGCCGGCGCGUCUACCUCAGCGAGAUCGGGAGCACGGCCGUGGUGGUUUUCCGCCAGGACGGCGGCGCCUGCCCCGUGGCCACCAUCCUGCUGCGGGGGGCUACCCACGAGCUGCUCUGCAGCCUGGAGGAGGCGGUGACAGACGGGCUGAACACCUACAAGGCCCUGGUGAGUGACCGCCGGCUGCUGCCCGGGGCAGGGGCGACGGAGAUGGCCCUGGCCGUGCAGCUGGCCACGCUGGGCACCUACCUCCCCAGCCUGGAGCAGUACGGCAUCCUGGAGUUCGCCCAGGCUUUGAAGACCCUGCCAGCGGCGCUGGCCGAGAACGCGGGGCUGCCGGUCAAUGAGACCAUGGCGGCGCUGGAGGCCCUGCACCAGCUGGGCACGGCCACCGCUGGUGAGAAGGUCCUUCGCCUGGCGGUCCACACGGCCACCACCCUGCUGGGCGUCAGCCACAUCCUGGUGGCCAAGAAGAGCGGGGGACCCAAGGUCCGGGGGGAGAACCCCAACUGGGACCUGGAACCCGACGCCCUGGAGUGA